CAUAAAACUAAAAGCAAAAUGAAGACUUAUCUUUUGAUCUUCCUCAUCUUCUCACUUCUCUUAUCAUUUUCCUCGGCCAAGCUAUGUGGUAAGGAGGCCGACGGAGCACUCUGCCCCGACGAUAUGUGCGGUACCACCGAAGAUUAUUGUAAGAAGCCUGGCUGCCAAAGCAAUUGCUGGCCUCACGACAAUCCUCCUCCUAUACCUGAAGUCAAACAAUGUGGUAAGGACGCCGACGGAGCGCUCUGCCCCAACGAUAUGUGCUGCAGCCAUUACGGAUAUUGCGGUACCACCGAAGAUUAUUGUAAGCAGCCUGGCUGCCAAAGCAAUUGCUGGCCUCCUUCUGGACCCAGCAGCGGCGAUCUAUCGGACAUCAUUACAAAAUCUCUGUUCGAAGAUAUGCUUUUGCAUAGGAACCAUUUUCUAUGCCCUGCUAGAGGUUUCUACACUUACGACGCCUUUAUCACUGCUGCAAAGUCCUUCCCUGAAUUUGGCACCACCGGAGACACAGACGCAAGGAAGAAGGAGAUCGCCGCCUUCUUCGGGCAGACUUCCCAAGAAACCACAGGUAGAGCACCGGACGGACCCUAUUCAUGGGGAUACUGUUACAAGGAACAAGUGAAUCCUACUUCAGACUACUGUGACGCGACACAGAAUGUCACAUGGCCAUGCGCAACUGGCGAAAGCUACUACGGAAGAGGACCGAUGCAGCUGUUGGGGAACUACAAUUACGGUCCAUGCGGGAGAGACAUAGGAGUUGACUUACUCAACAACCCAAACAUCGUGGUUAAUGACACAGUGAUCGCUUUCAAAACCGCGAUUUGGUUCUGGAUGACUGCUCAGCCUCCCAAACCGUCGUGCCACGCCGUGAUCACCGGUCAGUGGAACCCUUCUAGAGUCGACUAUGACGCGAAUAGAUCUCCGGGUUACGGAGUGAUUACAAAUAUUAUUAACGGCGGACAUGAGUGUGGAAUUGGCACAAACCCGAUCGUCAAGUAUCGUAUCCAGUAUUAUGAGAGGUACUGUGACAUGUUGAGGAUUGAUCCUGGACUACACCUUGAUUGCUACAACCAACAGCCCUUUGUUAAGGAGGUCACCCUCGAUGCUGCUUUUUAAGGAGGAGAGAGGAUCAUUAUGCAGCUUUGUAUCCAAACAGUAAGCUAAUAUCAAACUAAAUAAAGACUCUUCUAUAUAAAGUUAGCCAUGUAUC